AUGCCACGUCACACAUUUGAAGAGUCACGCGACGAGACACUCGAACACGAACUGAAAACACGUACCAAGAAGCAAGAGCAGCUGUGUCGUGAGAUCGCCCACGAAUUCCAGCUAUUCACUUCAGAGACAUCGAUUCGACCACUCACAAAGCUAAUCAACAGUGGUCGUGCCUAUCUCUUUAAGCAACGACCGGAACUCUUCAAUUCAACACUCAACCCACAUCUUGCACAACGAGAGCAAGCAAAGAAUCAAGAAUUACUUCAGAAACAAGUAGUUGGAUUAGAUAAUAAUCAAAUAGAUCAAAUAAAUAGAGAUAAUUGA